UAUCUUCUACCCUUCAUAUUUGAAAAAAAAGGAAAAAUGGUCAAGAUAUUAUUCCUAGCCAUUGUGGCACUAAUCACAAUUAUAGCUUCUAAAUCAGAAAUGCUCAUGGUUGGAACAUGUGAAUUCCAAUUUGAUGACACUUUGGGAGGUCAAAGAUACCCCUUUAAAGGAUUGUCAGCAGGCCAUGAAACACUAGUAUUCCACGAAUUUAAAAACAACAGCGACAGCUUAUUCAAAGUUUCUGGAUGCAAAUUAACAAUCACCAUGGAUAUGAAAAGAGAUCAACCUUUAUUAGUGGAAUUGUCUGAUGGCGAGGAGCGAAUAGAUAGCGAGGCGUUGAUUAAAAAAUCUGUUUCCUUAAUCGAAGAUAACUUGGUUCGGGAAAAAAGAAGCGCGGCAAUUCCGAGCGCAGGAGAAGAUAAUGCUUCAGAUAAGGCUUUGAUUAAGCCUCGUUACAAUCUCGCGGGUUUAAACUCGGACGUAAAAAUGUCUUUGGCCGAUGACAGUAAAAAUAUUAUGUGCUGCGAUUAUGACAGAUACGUAAUCGAUAUAGACGCGAGCCAACGCGCUUCGGAGAAUUCCAUCCAAUUUAAUGUCUAUACCAAACAACCCAGCGUAGCCUUCUUGACUACCAGGAUCUACUCGGGUGGAAAAUCAGAAAAAAAUUAAAUCAUAUUUAAAUUUUAUUAUAUAAUAAAAAUGGUAA